AUGCCCGCUUCCCGUGUUCCCUUCGAGAUUGUGUCCCACAUUUUUGUCCUUUGCCUCCCGAAAGAGUUGAAUGCGCCGCUGCACCCUAAUGACGCCCCUCUAGUUCUCACUCGUAUCUCUCGAAGCUGGCGGGCCAUAGCAUUCGGGACGCCGGUAUUGUGGGCGCAUCUUCGUCUUCCGACCAGCAACCAUCCAUCGAUAAUACCAGCGAUCCAUAAAUGGCUCUCUGCGUCCCAGACUCGUCCCCUCACCCUCAUUGCCGACCUGGAUUAUCCGGAGCCAAUCACAGAGGAGAUGGAGAAGAAUUACAUUAAAGCCUUGAGUGCUCAUUCGCGGCGUUGGAAUGCCGUAAGCUUGUCUGUUUGUCGCGAGGCCGCCCUGGGGGCACUCUCGUCCUGCCUCGACGGGGAGACCGAUACUACUCCCCGUCUUCAAAAGCUGGAUCUGGCUGUGUGGCGUAAUGUGAACAGCGGUGUGGAUAGGCCUUGGGUUCAGCCUAUACUCGACAGGCUUCAAUCUUGUGUCAGCUUACAAUCUUUGGGGAUUUGGGAAUGGCACCAGAUAACUUCCCUCGGCCCCUUCACGUGUCCCUCGCUCCGUAACCUCUUAAUAUCCUUUCAAGGCGAGGGCUCGUUGCCCUUCGACAUGGGUGCCCUCAUCAACUGUAUACGACACUGUCCGAACCUCAUUCGAUUGGAGAUCGACCUACCGCGCGCCCAUCGGUUCACUACCGGGAGAGAUAUAGCCCAACUCCCUAAUCUCGAGACGCUCAAACUCAACCUACACAGCUUCGGUUUCGCUCAUUUCCUCUUCAAACGGCUCUUCACUCCCCACCUCCAGGCCCUCACGCUGUCGGUCGCAGAAUCCCAAGAUCCGGAAGGCGGCGGCGAUGACGCCCUAUUCGUGGACUCGUUCUGCUCUCUUCUGGAGACCUGCCGCCGCACUCUACACACGCUCGAGCUAGGCUUCGACACCAUGCUCCAGCACGCACUUGCACGGCGAGCGAUCUACCGAUUAUCCGCCUUGACUUCUUUCGGUAUGGAUAACAUGACUUUCUCGCCAUCCAACGCCCGAUUCUUCCAGGGUAUGACGCUUCAGCCUCCGAUCCCGGAGGGCGAAGGCCCAAUGGACAUGAGUACUCACUCCAUAAUGAAGACGAAGAACGUCUGUCUGCACACCCUCAGACUGGAAUUAGCUCCUCUUCCGGCCAGACGUCUUGAAGGUCCGCAUGGAUUGGAAUACGACGAGGAACUGCUACGAGACAUGGAACAACUGGUGGUGUCUGUUAUAUGCUUGCUGACUUCCAGGCAAGCUGUCUCGAUGGGUCAGAUACCGGCGAGGGGCAGACCCGUCCGCUCUCUCGAUAGCUUCGUCAUGGGAUACAACUUUGCGAAGCUUUAUAGGCACGAUCUGCCGAUGGAUUGGCCGUUGGUUGACGAUUUUUGGAGGGCUUGGAUUCCAGCGACGAGAGAAGAGAGGAAGGCUGAUGAACAAGUUUAA